CGUCACCAGAGCGAUGCGGUAGUAUUUAUAGCUCGUAUUUAAAGAGCCCCUGGGAGUCUCCGGCUGCGCGGCCUGAGCUCCGGGCCUAUAGAGAGGGUCACCGCUAUACCGCUCCCAGCCUGAACGACGGCCCUAGAGAGAGGGACCCCGCUAUACCGCUCCCAGUGAACGCCGGGCCUAGAGAGAGGGACCCCACUAUACCGCUGCCAGCCUGAACGCCGGGCCUAGAGAGAGGGACCCCGCUUCCAGCCUGAACUCUUGGCCUAGAGUGAGGGACCCCGCUAUACCGCUCCCAGUCCGGGCCUAGAGAGAGGGACCCCGCUAUACCGCUCCCAGUCCGGGCCUAGAGAGAGGGACCCCGCUAUACCGCUCCCAGUCCGGGCCUAGAGAGAGGGACCCCGCUAUACCGCUCCCAGUCCGGGCCUAGAGAGAGGGACCCCGCUAUACCGCUCCCAGUCCGGGCCUAGAGAGAGGGACCCCGCUAUACCGCUCCCAGUCCGGGCCCAGAGAGAGGGACCCCGCUAUACCGCUCCCAGUCCGGGCCCAGAGAGAGGGACCCCGCUAUACCGCUCCCAGUCCGGGCCCAGAGAGAGGGACCCCGCUAUACCGCUCCCAGUCCGGGCCCAGAGAGAGGGACCCCGCUAUACCGCUCCCAGUCCGGGCCCAGAGAGAGGGACCCCGCUAUACCGCUCCCAGUCCGGGCCUAGAGAGAGGGACCCCGCUAUACCGCUCCCUGUCCGGGCCUAGAGCGAGGGCCUAAUUCCGGAUACCAGAGUCCUUUCGGGCAACAAUCCUACCUCUUCCCAGCCAGCUCUGGCCGACAUGCAGUUACCGUGAGCCUCUGAACGGUGAGAAGGGGGGGACGGGACGGAGAUAGGCGUUCAUAGGGGCCCAGUGUCUUCUCUGGGGACAAAGAGUGAGAUAUAGAGCCCAGUAUUGAUGGUUUCAGAGUGAGUGACCCAGCAGUGAUGGGCUGUCCAGGCGAUACCUAGAGGUGAGAUUUAGGGGCCCAGCAGGGAUGGUCUGUCCAGGUGGUACCUAGGGGUGAGAUUGAGGGGCCCAGCAGUGAUGGGGUGUCCAGGCGGCACCAAUGGGUGAGAGUGAGGGGUCCAGCAGUACCUAGGGGGGAGAGUGAGUGACCCAGCAGUGAUGGUGUGUUCUGGCAGCACCAAUGGGUGAGAUUGAGGGACCCGGCAGUGAUGGGGUAUCCAGGCGGUACCUAGGGGUGAGAUUGAGGGGCCCAGCAGGGAUGGGGUGUUCUGGCAGCACCAAUGGGUGAGAUUGAGGGACCCAGCAGUGAUGGGGUGUCCAGGUGGUACCUAGGGGUGAGAGUAAGUGACCCAGCCGGGAUGGGGUGUUCUGGCAGCACCAAUGGGUGAGAUUGAGGGACCCAGCAGUGAUGGGGUGUCCAGGUGGUAUCUAGGGGUGAGAUUGAGGGGCCCAGCAGGGAUGGGGUGUCCAGGUGGUAUCUAGGGGUGAGAUUGAGGGGCCCAGCAGGGAUGGGGUGUCCAGGUGGUAUCUAGGGGUGAGAUUGAGGGGCCCAGCAGGGAUGGGGUGUCCAGGUGGUACCUAGGGGUGAGAUUGAGGGGCCCAGCAGUGAUGGGGUGUCCAGGCGGCACCAAUGGGUGAGAGUGAGGGGCCCAGUAGUACCUAGGGGUGAGAGUAAGUGACCCAGCAGUGAUGGUGUGUUCUGGCAGCACCAAUGGGUGAGAUUGAGGGACCCAGCAGUGAUGGGGUGUCUAGGCGGUACCUAGGGGUGAGAUUGAGGGACUCAGUAUUGAUGGGGAUAUAGUAUUAGGGGGCCAACCUUUAAGGUGUUACUGGACAGUUAGCGGUGUGUUGUAAGGGUCCUGUAGAGAUUCAUCGUUAGAGCUGGAAUGUUGGGAACAUGCUUUGAGUGGGUUUGUGUGGAGGCAGCUUGUGGUGGCUUUGUAGGGCCCAGUUUUUUAAGAGUUCUAUGGGAGCUAGGGCUGGGAUGUGGGGGUUCCCUGCAAGCCAAUGGUGAGAGGUGGCUGGAAUUGUGGAGGGUGCAUGAUUUACACAAGUCUUACCAGUACAGAGGUCAGUCACUUAGACCUUACACAGCUGAAAAGAGACUUGCGUCCAUCAAGUUCAGCCUACCUCACAUUUGUUUUUUGCUGUUGAUCCAAAAGAAGGCAAAAAACAGUUUGAAACACAAUUUUGCAACAAGCUAGAAAAAAAAAUUCCUUUUUGACCCCAGAAUGGCAGUCAGAUUUAUCCUUGGAUCAAGCAGUUAUUACCCUACAUUGAAAGAUUAUAUCCUUGAAUAUUCUGUUUUUGCAAGUAUGCAUCUAGUAGCUGUUUGAACAUCUGUAUGGACUCUGAUAAAACCACUUCUUCAGGCAGAGAAUUCCACAUCCUGAUUGUUUUUACAGUAAAAAAAACCUUCCCUUUGCCUUCUCUUACAUUAUUUCAAUACACUGAGUUUAUACUGUUCUGGACCAAAACAAGUAUUUGCUUGAAUAUCUGCCCCUGUCCAAAUGUUUUAAAUGUAAUAAAAAGUGUGCACACCAAAGAAAUCGCACACACAGAAAAGUUGUUAAAUGAAAACUUCCACAUGUAUUGUCAGGGGGGCUGGUAGCCCCUUAAAAAGGCAAAAGAUUGCAAUGUGUGCAAAUACAGAAAGCAAAACUUUUCAGUUGGGUAAGGGUUAGAUAUUAGUAAAACUAAACAUUUAAUUGGUUAGGUCUUAAAGGACCACUAUAGUGCCAGGAAAACAUACUCGUUUUCCUGGCACUAUAGUGCCCUGAGGGUGCCCCCACCCUCAGGGACCCCCUCCCGCCCGGCUCUGGAAGGGGAAAGGGGUAAAAACUUACCUUUUUCCAGCGCUGGGCGGAGAGCUCUCUCCUCCGAUCCUCCUCCGCCCGGCUGAAUGCGCACGCGCGGCAAGAGCUGCGCGCGCAUUCAGCCGGGAUCACUGAAAGCAUUUACAAUGCUUUCCUAGUGCUCUCACUGUGAAAAUCACAGUGAGAAGCACGCAAGCGCCUCUAGUGGCUGUCAUGAGACAGCCACUAGAGGAUUAGGGGGAAGGCUUAACCCAUUCAUAAUUAUAGCAGUUUCUCUGAAACUGCUAUAAUUAUGAAAAAAUGGGUUAACCCUAGAAGGACCUGGCACCCAGACCACUUCAUUAAGCUGAAGUGGUCUGGGUGCCUAGAGUGGUCCUUUAAGUGUUUUUUAUCUUGAUGUACUUCCUCCAAGGUGUGAUGUCAUCAUUGUCUUUGCGUGUAGCUCCGGAUGGAGAUGCCAUCUUGCUACACAAGGGUCUUAGUCGAUGGGAGGGGGUACUCUAGCAGCCAUUUUGAGUAAUAAAUGAACACAUGUACACAUAGUAAAUAGACAUUUUACACACAUUUAAUUUCUAUCCAUCACAAUACUAGUUUCUUAACACCAACUAUGUGACUCUCAGUAAGCUGUUCUAUGUAGACGUUUGUAUUACACUUGGAUCUGAAUGGUUCGGUAGCCUUGCAAGGUUAAGGAGUAUUUUUAUUUCACAUAUAUUUAGCCUUUGCCGUGCAUUCCUGUGCAAGGUGUGUUUCACUUUAAGAGGCUGUGACUACUGGAAUCCUUCACAGCUUCUGGUAAGGUGCUUUGAGGUGUCUUCAGACUUGUUAAAGGUGAGUCCUGAUGGUGCAGUGAUGGCUGCCAUUACUUACACUUUUACAUUAAUACAACAGGCUGGUGGAACCGGUUACCCCACCCAGUGCACCUGUCUGGCACGAUGCCUUGUUUAAACUGGUCGCCUGUACAGGUGUACUGGCUAAUGGCUGCUCUUACAGGUUAUAUCAACACCUGCUAAACUCUAAUUCAGGUGCUGUCUGUCUUUUGUUCUCUGUUAAUAUAAACCUCAUAUAAGAAACUGCUACCACCCACCUUAUUUGUGUCUCCAGGGGAGUAAAGGAAAGCCAGCUACAUCCAUUACCCUGGAUAUGUAACAGGAAUAACCAGCACUGCUCUGUAUAUAAUACAGUGUGCAAACAUACAUUAAUCAUAACCUGUAAUCACUGUUUGACACAGGGCUUGACUUCAUGUGUAAAGAUAAAGGUGUGAAUAUGGGGCGCAUCCUCUAUAGCAAAAGCUGUGGUUGGAACUCCAUUCCACUUCUAUGGUCUUCACUGCAUCUUCUGCGGGCAUAUCUGGCGAGAUAUAUUGAGGGCUACGUUGACCUCUUAAUUUGUGUUCCCACAUUUGAAAUACCAGAGAAUAUUUUGUGUGUGUUUGGAUGCUACGUCACAGGAGCUCUAUUUAUUUUAAUCCUAAGUGCAAUAGACUUUUUUUAUUUAUUUAAUUUUUUUUUUAGGGAAUUCUGAUUUGUAGAUUUCGAAGAAUUCCAAAAGUAAACACAAAGAAACAAACCUGUUCAAAUCCUCAAAGCAAAUUGAUAAAUUUAGUUUAUAUAAAACUCCAGGGAUAAAUGAUAUAAAUGGAUUGCAGUUUGGGCAGGUGGCUGUAUUUCUCUAACCCACGCUGUGCCAGAGGUUGGCAUUGCUUACAUGUUCGUUCUUGUUGAGGUGGCAUCUGGCUGCGUUUUGCCUUCUGUGCCUGGGAGCGAAGGACUCCCCACACCUGCAGUGUAUUUCAUUGAAACUUAAUUCUGCUAUUAAUCACACCGCAUGCUGUCACUUUAAUGGCAGAGUGAUGCUUCCCUGAAAUAUACAUUGUUGUGCUGCGGAAUCCUUAUAAACAUUGUUUGGGGGUACAGUAUCUGAAAGCGGCUAUAUUUAAACGAAUAGGACUGAUCCAUUCAGGAGUGCCUGUCACAGAACAUGCCUGGUUGGCAUUUGAUCUCUGGAGCAGUAGGUUACGGGUGUAACCUGGCAUGUCCUCUAGAUCACAUUUGGCAAUAUUCACAUACUGGUCAAAACUGGUUCUCAGGCUUUAUUUAAAGAAAGUCGUGUGAUGGAAUUGAAACUGUCUGUGGACUUUCUUGUAAAGUAACUGCAGCAUGUGUGGCACUUUCUGUAGUCUAGUAAUCUGCUAGGGUCAGGUAUCACCCAGGGCAAGCUACUUGUCCUGACUCACAAUUUAAAUCGGGGAUGGGGUUGCUUCCUACAGCCUAGUGUUUCUCUGUCCCUUUCCCACCAAUAGAGUGAUGGCUGUGUAUAGAAUGUAUGUGUGAGUGAGCUGGCUAUGUGUGUGGCAAAGGUGUUUUACCAUCGUCUUACCUUUGAUGGCUGUAAUGUGGUCCAGCGGGGGCAAAACCUCUCAGAUGGUUCAGUGGCAGAGCUUGUGCAGGCUACAGCAGUCAUGUUGUCAAUUUGGAUAUACACACACUGAUGCGCACAUGUCGUGUGCGUGCACAUAUACACGCCCAUACAAACGCAUUGAUGUAGAGACCCACAUACACUGACAGGCACACAAUCACAGUGUAUCUGUACCUGUAUUCGUGUGUGUAUGUGCAUCCAUGACUGUCUGUUUGUGUUGAGGGAGCUAUUUGUGUUCUUACUGUGUUGUGUUUACGGUGGGACUCUGUGUGAGCGGUGAUUAUGAGGGUUACUGUCUGUUUAGAAACCAGUCUGUGUAAAUAAGAUGCAUUGUUCUAAACUACGUCUUGGUUAAAUUGGUAUUGAAAAUUCACCUUAAAUGUCUCAGGAUAGCCGCAUCCUCAUCCAUACCUCUAAAAUUAGUGUGUCUCAUGUCUGAUUUGAAAUGUUUGGAGAUAUGAUUGCAGCCUUUGGGGUUUGGUCAGGGGAGAUGACAGGGUACUUUCAGUAAUCUGUUAUCCGUACCCAGCGCUGUGUGUGUGUGUGUGUGUUUUUUUUUUUAUUUUAAUUUUCUUUUUCUUUUUUGUGUACACCCUGUAAUAGAAGUCGCUUGGUUUUAGAUAUUAAAUGUGAGGGUUGACAUAGAGCACUGGGACCAUCUCCUGGAUUUUCUGUCAUUUUUUUUUUUUUUUUGUGGUAUAGAGGACACUGUUCUGUCUGGUUUUUUGGGUAUAGAAUGUGGUCGCAGUCUGGUGACCUAUCUUCAGCCAUUUGCCCGAUACCCUGCUUGUUAAGUGAAAUGGCUUUUGGGGGGGUCACUUGUAACCCUGGAUAGAUCUUGUGUAAAGGUUAGUAACUGUGUGGUGAUGUUCGUGCCGGUCUUGUUUGACCUAUGGGCUUUCCUUUUACAGACUGCUUUGGUGCAGGUAAAUUAGCUCUUCUUGCUGAAGUCCAACUUUUUCAGGUGUCUGUGCAGUACCUGCUCAUUACAACUUGCAGACUUUGACCUCUUUGUCCAGUGGAUUCCGGUGAAUUAAAAUAGUGUGUUCCUCUCGCGUCCGGUUAAUAUUGGACAACAAAUCUAACAAUGGAUUGGGCAUCUUCACCCAUUCUCAGAUAAGACGUAUGUCCGUGUGUAAAUAAAUACUCACUGUCUGAGUUAAUGGAUUUCUGGAAAUGUGAAACCUGUGAUGGAGGGUAUUGGCAGAGAGCUUCUCACUUGCACUCAAAACCCCAUAUUCUCUGUGGUACCCCAUGUACAUCUUUGAGCUCUUGAGGUUCUGUCUUUCUUCCAGAGCUGCUACUUGGCACCGUGUGGGUUAUGAAAAGUUAUUGAAUGAGUGUAUGGUUGCAUGUUUAAUAAAUGCUAUUGAUGUAGCAGACAACAUAGAACUACACCUCCUUGAUGCUCUGCCAUUUCGUUUCUUCAAUUAGUUAUAGCUAAACAUUCUGGGACUUGUAAUUCCACUAAUGCUUAUUGCUGAUUAUCCCAGAUCUGCAAGAAGCUUUAUAUUAUCCUAUUAAUCUAACACUGCAUGGUGUCCAUGUUGCUUAAAGUUUGAAUAUUUUGGGCGUUGACCAAGAUGGUGGGCUGGUGUGGUUCAGGUGUAUUAAUAAUCCCCCACAAAUCGCUAUUUUAAAAACCAAGUUCUACUGACUAGUUCUUUGUUCUCUUCUUCCAGAUCUAUCAAAAUGACAGAGUACAAGCUUGUGGUAGUUGGCGCUGGAGGCGUUGGCAAGAGUGCUCUAACAAUCCAGCUGAUUCAGAACCACUUCGUGGACGAAUACGACCCUACGAUUGAGGUGAGCUGACUCUGCAGUGUAUGGACUGUGGUGCAUCCCUGUAAUGGGGAAAGGUGUGAUCACCUAGAUGUUGAACCCCAGUAUAAGGAGGAGGUUGCUGACAGCAAGAGGUGUAACUCUCUAGCAAAAGGGAAACUACCAGCAUGAAGAGAACCCCCAUAACAGGAUGGUUCUUAUAACGUGUGUGUGUGUGUGUGUGUUUUGAUGAUCAGGGUGGAUUGACUUGACACACUAGUCACUCUAUUGAAAUCACCCUUUUUUUUUUUUUUUUAAUGUAUAGACUCCUGACUGAUUAAAAAGUUAAAUAUGAAAUCUUCACUUAGUUGCAAAUAUUAAAAUUAUAAGCGUAGUUUAAUAGUGUUAUCAAAACUGAUUGUUAUGUAAUAUUAGAAAUACAUAAAUAAUGGUGAAAUUAUUGCAAGAUGAGAGUUUUUAAUAGGUUAAUCACUUGUAUUUGGAGAACAACUUAAAGGUGUUCAUUGUGUGUACAUAGAUUUGCACACUAACAAUGGUUAGUAGGUAUGUUUCUGAACUUGUAUUUUUAUAACCUUUUUGCUGUGAAGAGGUUUGUGUAUAUCGAUAUCUAUCUGUCCGUCCCUGAUGGAGAUGGAUCAAAUAUGUGGCUAGAAUUGCAACAGAUGUUCUGGAGCAGUUUAUUUGGGGUUCCAGUACGGUGUGUGUGUGUGUGGGGUGUUUUUGUUUUUUUUUUUUCUCUCUCUCUCUCAAAAUCCACCCAUUCUAAAAACCGUCUCUCACUGGCUUUGUCUGCAGCUCUCUUUGCAAUCUGACCAGAAAUACAAAAAAAAAAAACUUGUGUAAUGUGUGCACUGGGUUUUUGGAUCACAUGUACAGGAGAUAGAUAGCUACAUAUAAUGUGAUUGUCACAAAAAUAAAAUGGAAAUUCCUAUUGGCACUGUGUAUAAAGUUGUUAUCCUAUAGCACAUGACUCAAAAGUUUUUAAUAAUGAAUAUGUUUAAGGGACCAAUAAACUAUUGACCUCAUUAUGCUUUUAUUUUUUUUUGUGCAGCUGAAAAACUGCAUGUAUGAAGAGAAUAUUGCUCCUAAUCUGAUAUAUAUUCUCGCGUGGGGGAGCCGCGUGUUAUUUUCAUGGUGCUAUGAUAGAUCUCCUUCUCUGGCCUGCUAGCACUUUGCUGACAGCCGGCAGGGAGGGAGAGUGCACCCGGGGGCUGCAGCUCCGCUGAAUUCUCCUCUCAAAAAGGUAUAUAUAUUCAUUUGCCCUUCUAGCUCCCCCAUACACACUCUCUUCUCCCCAGUCAGGAUCUUGCAAGUUGAAGAGAUCUUCCAACUGCACCUGUGUAAACCGGUCAGGCAUUUGCAAUGCACUUUUCCAACAUUCCUAGGGUUAGGGUGCUGAUUAGGUCUGUGUAUCCCCCUGGAAAGGUGGUGGAAAGCAUAAUAAAUAGGCGUGUAAAUAUGGGAGAAAGGCAUCCUAUUUACCGGCUUUCUUUCAGCCUGUAGAUUCGGAAGCUGUGCCCAUGGUUCUAGUAGGCAAUAAGUGUGACUUGCCGCCUAGAACUGUGGAUACAAAACAAGCGCAGCAUCUGGCAACUGUCUUUCAAAACUGUAACUCAAUGUGAAGCAUGUCCCUUUAAAGCUAAAACCACUAUUUGCUAACAUAGGCAUUGUGGAAAACUGACAAGGGAAUUACAACUGUGAACAAGCAACACAAUGUCUUCACAAAUCUGGCAAUAACUGAACCUGCUGACUGCAGUCAAACUCCUAUCACUCACUCUGCCAGCCCAUUAGAUUACAGUAGAUAUUUACAGUUUCACCUCCAAGACUUCUGCUGAGCUCUGCAUGCGGAGGCUCUCAGGGAGGAGUGACGUGAAGUCAUUUGGCUGGCAGCUAGAGUCUCUGGCUGGGGAAGGACGUGUGUGCUAACUGGGAGAGGUGAGUCUCUUAUUGGUAAAUAUCCAUGCUUGUAAUUGGAAAUAUUCUAAAUAUUGUCUGCACUAAUUUUAAUACUAUCCAUAGUCUAAAGGGGUGGGUUUUAUAUCAUUUGUGCCUAGUUAUUGAAAUGGGUAACACAAUGCACUAAGAGCGUCCCUUUCAUUGCAGGACUCUUACAGAAAGCAGGUAGUCAUCGAUGGGGAGACUUGCCUCCUGGAUAUCCUGGACACUGCAGGUCAAGAGGAGUACAGUGCUAUGAGAGAUCAAUAUAUGCGAACAGGAGAGGGGUUCCUGUGUGUAUUUGCUAUUAAUAAUACAAAAUCAUUUGAAGACAUUCACAAUUAUAGGUAGGGUUUGCUAAAAUGCUUUGAGUUCAGGUUUUUCAUUCACUUUGUGGGAUGUUUUGUCUGUAUGCUAUACUGGCACUAAAAGCUGAAUGCUUGGGUUGUUCCAAAAAAUCCAGAAUCAAUAGUUGGCUCACAAGAUGGGAACACUGUUUAUAUAUGUUAUGAUCUUUCCAGGAAUGCUUAUUUUUUUUAAAUCUGUAUUUAUGACCUUACUGGUACGCGCACUAUUCAUAACACUGAGUGUUCUAUGUUAAUGCUGCCUGCCUAGAGAAAAUAAUUAGACUUGUAACAUCUGACUUGCUCUGAGUUGGGUAUAUCUCUUCUAUUGGGUGGGAAGUCUUGAUGAACAUCCAGGUCAUUCUUGCAGCAUGUCAGUUGACCCAGGAAGGGACACUGUCUAAGUUUAGGAUUACAGGUUUAUAUUGCUAAAACUAAAGUGUUACCCUAAAUAUCUGGAUUGUUGGGUCUUCAGAACAAUAAACUGUAGUGGUUCUGGCGAAGUGUACCUUUUUAACUGCAUACAAAAAAAAUCACACUGGUAAUUAGAGUAGUUUUGCUAAUGUAUUAUGUGGCUGACCAAUACAUCUUUAACAAGGGUUUUUAUUUUUAUUAUAGAGAACAAAUAAAAAGGGUUAAAGAUUCUGAAGAUGUGCCCAUGGUUCUCGUAGGCAAUAAGUGUGACUUACCGUCUAGAACUGUGGAUACAAAACAAGCGCAGGAUCUGGCACGAAGCUAUGGAAUUCCAUUCAUUGAGACAUCGGCAAAGACAAGACAGGUAAGUCUUCCUACAAAAUCGUCCCCCUACUCUCCCAAAAGUAUAAAUUCUGCUCUUUGAUUGCCUUUUAAUUUUUAUAAAUCUAGCAAAUCAAUCUAACAUGAAGCUUUCAUCUUGACAAUUUGGUUUAAUCACUUCUUACAAAGAGCUACAAGCUCGUCUAAAUAACGUGACUUCCUUUUAAUGAAGAUGAAAUCUCUAUUUGCAGACUGUCGGUCACAGCUGUCCUUUCUGCUCUUAAUGAACUGACCAAAAUAAAGAUACCAUAUCUGGAAAUACGGUCGUGCUCAGAGGCUGAUUUGUUACUGGGGUUUACAGUUUAACGAUUCUUUCUGUUAAUGCCUCCAUGAUCUUGUUAGGUCAACAUUCUUGAUUUGUAAAGCGCCUGAAGGAGGAAGUUUGUUUUUAAAGAAAACCUAGUCUGUACUGAAUAUAUCUAUAGCUAUAUCUCUAUCACACACUGUAGCGGAGAUACAAUAUUACCCAGGUUAUCUCCGCUUAUAAUCCAAGUGAGACUCAGGAACAAGUAAAUAAUAAAUCCAAAGGCAGGGUUUCCAGCAGGUAACAUACAGCAAUAUCCCAACAGCAAUCCCAAUAACUGGACGACACACAGUUUCAGGAGCAUAACUGACAAGCCUUUAAUCGCAGUCUCCUUAUAAAGCAUGCUCCCAUGCAAGGGAGGAACUUACAGUAAUUAUUACAGUAGCCAAUCCUGUCCUGGUAACCUCCCACACAUCCCCUCCCCUCAGCCAGCAUCAUAAUCCCCUUAGCCAGCACACCAAUUCCCCCCAUUUCUGGAUGUACCCCUAAACGUAGGGGUACCCCUUUAAAUCAUACAUCCCCGGGUAGCCCUGAUCUGGGUGAACAACAUAUCCAAAAAUCACCCAGAUCGGACCAGGGGUUCGGGAAAAGUAUGGAGGGAAUAAAAUGACCGACCGCACGAACAGAGAUAGCCGAAUUCGGUUCCAUGUGAAUGGGCCUUGCGGUCGGUCCUGGCAUAAGGGAAUAAAAUACACGAAAGCCUCUAGCUAUAGAGGCUAGGGAGGGUUCGCCUGAAUCCCCUCGUUCGGUAUUUUCUAUUUACCGAACGAGGGGCCGUUCGGUAGUUUGGAACCGAACGGACCAGGGCUGUGGAGGUCUCAGCGGUGUUCGCCUACUCGAGUGUCCGAUUUUAGUUCCAGACACUCGACGGCAAAACACCGCUGUUCGGGAGUUUUAAAAUGGCCGCCGCCACGUGUUCGUUUGUCGAAUGGCGGCCACCCCCGAGAACAAAGGACGGCUACUUACUGUUCAAUUACCCGUUCGCAACAAUGUUGCAAUGGGUAAUUGAGGACACACUUCACACAGGGAGGUCUGGUUGUUCGGUAGUUUCAUUCGAAUAAACUAAGGGAAUGAAACCACCGAACAAUCAGAGGAAUACAAGUCUUUUUAAAUGCACAGAAAUUACAGCAGAUACACGUAUGCAGCUUUAUACAGUAUUUCUUGUAGGGUCGCCUGGUGCCAUCUGCUACACACACACACUCUGCAGCCUAGGGAAUAUGGGUUCAAACGUAUUAAAGGAGGAUUUUGGAGAAAUUGGGAUAGUGAAAGCUUGUUUGAUAGUAACUCUGAAAUGCUAUUACACUGUUGCAAGCAUAGCUUCUGUACAAAUAGUUUAGGCUUGGGUAGGACAGGGCUUAGAAGGAUGGGGAGUCCUAGCAAAGUGUUAGUAGCUGAAGGUGACGCACGCUGAUUUGGCUACUGUUACUAGAAUGGGUUGUCUGGGAGGCUAGUGCAUUUGUUAGAAUUGUACCAAAAUGGUUUUGUAGUGUUAAAGGACCACUAUAGUGCCAGGAAAACAUACUUUUUGGCACUAUAGUGCCCUCCGGGUCCCCCUCCCGCCGGGCUCUGGGGAGAGGAAGGGGUUAAAAUCUUGCCUUUCUCCAGCACCGGGCAGGGAGCUCUCCUCCUCCAUAGCGAUGUCAUCGGCUGAAUGCAUGGCAGGAGCAGCGCACGCAUUCAGCCAGUUCAUAGGGAAGCAUUUAGAAUGCUUUCCUAUGGACGAUGGCGUCUUCUCGCUGUGAUUUUCAGUGAGAAGCACGCAAGCGCCUCUAGCGGCUGUCAAGAGACAGCCACUGGAGGCUGGAUUAACCCAUUUAUAAACCUAGCAGUUUCUCUGAAACUGAUAUAUAUGUGUGUGUGGUUAACCCUAGCUGGACCAGGCACCAAGACCACUUCAUUAAGUUGAUGUGGUCUGGGUGCCUAUAGUGGUCCUUUAAUACUGCAAGAUCGAUGGGCAGAAAAGUUGCAAAUUGGUAUAACCUGCAGUGUGACUGGUGCUGCCUCUGUUCAGAUUCUGUAAAAACAUUGUUCCUCCACAUUUUAAGCUACCAAACUUCAGCCUGAUCAUUCUGUGUUUUGGCUGGGGAAGUGUAUCAUUGGUCAUAAUCAGACAGUCCUUCAGAUCUGCUCGUAGUCCAGGCUGGGUGAAGAUUAAUUUAUUUGUGUGGUGGGUUAAUAUUUAAUUGGUGAUGGGCUCUUGACAUCCUCUGCAUUGACAAAACAAUCUUUCCUGUGUUAAAUCAAAAAAAAAAAAAACUUGCCUGUAGCUGGUCUUGCCUAUUUAAAUCUUCUUUAAUCUUGGGAGAAUCCAUUUUAAUGUUUCCCUCCCUUAAUUUGAUCAUUAACGCUAAACCUGAGCUAAAUUAAGUUUAAUGCCCAUUAUAAUUGACUCUAUGAAAACCACUCUGUCCCAUGAAUGCUGCUCUUAGUUUGCCAUCCAGACACUACCAAAAUCAAUUUCACAGCUUCAUUCAUGUAAUAACCUAAUGAUGGCUUUAUCUAGAUCCUUAAUUAUAUUAAGAAUAAUUCUUUUACUUAGAAAUUUCUCCAAAUUCUAUCUGGGCUCCAUAUAACACCUACUGUACUGGGGAAAUGGGCUUAACCCAAAAAACAUCUCCUAGAGGCAGUUUGAACUCCAGGGGCCCCAAGAUGUGUCCCUGAACCCCAUAUUUUAAAGGAGUUCUGUUUUACAAUGCAGAGAGUGGAAGAUGCUUUUUAUACACUGGUGCGAGAAAUUCGACAAUACAGAUUGAAAAAGAUGAGCAAAGAAGAGAAAACACCAGGCUGUGUGAAAAUUAAAAAAUGCCUGGUAAUGUAAUGGGUAAGUGCUUUCACUUCGGUGUCUUGGGCUAAUUGGAGGGUGCCUAUGGUUGAGAUUGUGGAACAGUCCAAGUAGGGGGAAGCUUUUUGUAAAAGUACGUGUGUGUGUUUGAGGUCAAAUGGUGUGGAUUUUAAUGUGAUGUUUGAGGAUGCAAUGAUCUCCUUUUUUUUUUAAAAAAAAAUGUCUAAAGUUACUGCCCCCAGCCUGUGUAAUGCUGGGGCGACGGCUGGGACACACUCUUGGUAAACGACAAAAAUAAUUUUCUGUGCUAGUCAGGUUUUACAAAAUGCCAUCAGUUCUCUCCUACCCGUUGGGUGGUCUAGGAGGUUUCUAGAUUUGAGGUGUAAAUGUCCUGUAUUGGUUUUGGUUUUUAAAAAUAAAUAAAUUAUAGCUGCCCUAUGGAAUAUCUGAUGGUUUAUUAUAACCGUUCAUGUAUUAGGGUUGCAUGGCUUGCAUUAAGAUGUUAAACAGGAAGAAGACUGGUGGCAGGGGCACUGGGGUUUGUUUCAGUGGACCGGUCUAGAAUCCAUUUGUAACAUCUUAUACAUAUAAUAAUCUGCACACAUCUGCUAUAAAGUGUUGUAUUUGAGGAAGACACAGCUGAAGGUUGAUUUUUUUUUUUUUUAUUUUUUUUUUUUAUUUUUUUGUGUUUUGUGUGUUACCUGCCUCCCUUGGUGUGGGAGAGGUCUCCAAAUCUAUUUGACUCAAGUUCUUUUACAGAAGUGUGAGUAAGCAGCUCAAUAAUAUCUGCUAGGAUAUUUUGAAAUCUCUCAUCGAAUGGCUUGAAUUUAAAUUUGUUUGUUCUGGGUGCAGUUUAAAUUCUUGGUGUAAGCUCUCCUUACUCAUGGUUUGUCUUCCUGCAGGGCGUGGAUGAUGCUUUCUAUACGUUAGUACGAGAAAUUCGCAAGCACAAGGAGAAGAUGAGCAAAGAUGGCAAAAAGAAAAAGAAGAAAUCCAAGACAAAGUGUUCAAUUCUGUAAACGGCAUAUGUCCCGUCUGCCUGCACCCACCCACCCUGACGCAUGCAGAAACCUGAUUCUGUUCCAUACACUAAAUUAUUAGCGUUUUGCUUCUCUUUAUUUUGAGACCUGUGGCUUAUGCUUGGAGAAAACACUUUAUCUGACAGUUUAAAGCAAUCAUUUUUAAUUUUUGUGCCAGUAUUUAAUUUUCUGACUGCAGGCCUUGUGAAAAGCUAAAGUAACUGUAGCAAUGUGAAGGCCGGGUCUUACCGCUGCCCCCGGCAUUGUAUCUGUUCAUCACAUGGUCUAAACGUGUCCUGGUUUCAUUGUCAUCUGUUAUAGGUUGCUUCCUCUGUUUAGCUAAACCGGGUGCUGCUGUCAGUGGCGUCAUCUUCACGUCUGGCUAUGCUCGUCACAAUUUCUAACAGGACAGUUAACUAACUAAAGGGGGCCUCCCUUCCCCCUGAUAUGCCUCUUCCAAUGGGCAUGCACUACACACUACAUCUGCUUUCCAUCGUCCUCUCUCUUCUUCCUUUGUCCUCACUGAUAUGUAAAGUGAACCCAUUCCCACAAUGUGAUAAUGGCAAUGGUGCUACUUUGACUUGCUGCAUGGAUAUUUAACAUCUCUUGUUUUGCAGAAAUACACUUAUUUAUUUCUUUCCCUGCUUUAAUGCCUUUUAGAUGUAAAGAUGCUAAAUUGCACUACUUAUUGUGUCUUGCAGUAGUUUAAUAACUAAGUGACAUUGCUAACAGUCUGUCUUUUUUAUAGCUCUUGCUUAAGGAUAUAUCCCCUACCAGCACUUUGCCAAAAGCUGAUUGUUGGCGACGGUCUUCAAUCCUCUAAAGCCUCUCUACGCUCUAGGAAACCAAUCCUGUGACUGGGACAGACUGCAGUCAGUACUUUAGUUCCUAAAGGCCAGUUUCACACAUCUGGCUCUACAUCCACAUUUAAUUGAAAAUAUUUCUCUCUAAAAGGGUUAACUGGGCCACUAUAAUGUCCAGUAUGUUUCUUUCCAUGUGUUGAUGUAGCUCUGAUCCAGUAAUUAUAGCCAGAGUUAGUACAUUUAGCAUGAUGAAAGCAGAGCUCCAGGAAGCCUGAUCUACUCCACACAGAGCAAUGGGCAGGAGGUCCAUGUUUCUGGCUCCAGCUCUCUGUAUAUGGUUAUUUUGUGUCCAGGAUUUGUUCCAUUUGAGGUAUUUCCGUGGAGCUUUUGCAGUGGUUGUAUUUUUAUGGCAAUAUAUUUUCCGUGGCAUCCUACCUCAAAAUAAGUGCAGCUCAGAUGGAAACAAACUAUUUUAUACUAUCCGUAUUGCUAACAUAGUACUCUUAGGGCAGGGAGCUAGCAAUCUAUUGUGUCUUCCAGGGACGCUCCAAUGCAUUGUAUUUUCAUGAAAUUGAUGACUAGAUGCACGGUAAUAAAUAAGAGCAGCUGUAGCCGCAGUAACAAACUAUUUCAGAACCCUUAAUUAAGAUGUACAGGUUUGCUUUCAUUAAAUCAUAGCAGGAUUAAAGGGGGUGGAGGGGUUACAGUCUCAUCACUUUUCCAGUACUCGCCCUAAUUAAAUAGAACUUUGUAAUUUGCUAUUUUACCAACAUCUUCUUUAACCUGCAUCAGCAGUACUGAAAUUAUUCCUCCAUCUUCCCAAGACAUCGGCUUCCUCCACAGUUGUAGGUUUAACCAUAUUUAGUAUACAGAGACUUGCUUUUAAUGCAUUUUAUUGAAGGGCAAGUUUUGUUUAACCAAAAAAAAAAACAAAGUUUGGCUUCUAUGUCCAGCCCUGGUAUUCUACUAAGCAGUUGAUGGAUAUAUUAACACACACUCUAAAAACUGGCAUUGUGCUCCUCUCAGGGGUGUCCCAACUCAGUCACCCAACAACAUAAAGGGACACUCCCCAUGCCCAACUCAAUAAAAUAACCAAUGAAAACUAGCAUUCAUGCAUUUAAUUUAAGUAACAGGACUGGUUGUCUGACAGCCAGGGGUGUGUAACAAGGUUUAUAUAUAAAACUUGAAAUAUGCUCCUUUCAAAUAAUGAAUAAUUAACCAUCUAUUGAUCGGACACCCCUGUGAUCUCACUAGUGCCUUGCAGCACGCUUUGCCAUCUCCAGUGACGUGAGGGUUAAAGCAUUGUUUCAUUAUAUGUGAAACCCAGCUGUGGAUUUAAUUUUUUGGUGUGUGUGUGUGUAAGCUUUCUAUAACCAACCCCCUCUGGGUAAUGGCUGCUGCUGUGCACAUUUUGUUAAUGUGGCAUUAAAAGGAGUGUACCUACGGAUAAAUACAGUCUACAUUACUUGAAUAUGAAUACGUUCACCUAGCUGCAAUUCCAGUCUGAAGCCUGGCUCUGAUCGGCACGGCCAUUUAAUUGUAGCACGCCAACAUUUUUAAUUACCCUGGGAUUUCGCAAUAAUCUAAGCACAUUCUGUGAAAUUGCUGAAAGCAACAGUCCUCAUGCUUUGCCAUAACCUCUUGUCUUGUAUUUAGAUUGCUCUCCCCUUACCGCACACGUAAUAUUGUCUUACUAUAUUGCUCUUGACUUUGGUGAGGUGGGAGCCCCACUGGUUUAAGGUGCAGUACGCUCCCUCCACCCAAGAUAAAAGUAACAUGUUUACCUGGAAUGUAUUGUAACUAUUUUUGUAUAGAAACAUGCACAUUUUGUACAUUGUGCUUUAUUUUUAAUCUGUUUGAUACAUGCCGAUUGUGAUGACCACAUUGUGGUCACUGACACAACUACAAAUUAAAAUGACCACUGAAUUCCAUGUUUAUUUUAUAGGAGUAUGUUCUGUGUGAUUAGUCAAUUGUGUGUGUGUUUUUUUUUUUUUUGGUCUCUAAUGCUCCUAUUUAUUGUAAUGUAAUAAAUGAGUUCUGGUGAGAUUGCUGGUGUGUUCUUUAAUGGAGAUUACAUGUGCUGGUGUGUUUCAUUAUUACACGUUGUUCAUGCUUGUAUUAACCUUCCUUUAAAAGAAGCUGUGGUGGGUACAUGUCAUGGCAGUAAAUCCACUUAGUCUGCUUACUGUGCAGGGUGUGGAGUAGGACUGUAUAAUCGAAAGCAUUAGAGAUUAAUUUGGCCUCAUUUAUUUCACGAGUGUUAAGGGAAUCCUAAAUAAUACUAUAUCUCAACUCUGCAGGAGAUAAAUAUGUCAAAUGAUCACUAUGUAUUUUAUUAUGAUCAAAGCAAACAGUGAC